AUGCUGUACACGCCAGCCGUGGCUGUGCGGGCGCUGCACCUAGGCUCGUACGCGUUCAAGGGCGCCACCGCAGUCAACCUCGUCACCGUCACCGCCGCCUCCCUGGCCGCGCGCGAGGCGCUGGUGGCGCGGGACGAGCCCAGGGUGCCCAAGGGCCGCAGGCUCGCGGAGCGCUCCGGCGUGGCGGACGGCGCGGUGGCGCCGCUGCCCGACAUCCUGCCCGGCCUCAGGGACAGGUUCCUCGACGCCGCCGCCGCCGAGGGCGACGCGGCCGCCGGCGGCGGCGAAGGCGUCGGCGCCGACGGCGAGAAGGGUGCGGCGCCAAAGGGGCGCGCCGCCGGCGGCGGCGGCGGCUACGCGGCGUGGCUGUCUCAGGAGCUUGCGCGGCGGCGUCUCUUUGAGGGGGAGGGCGCGGCGCCGCCGGCGGACCCUUGGGCGAUGAGGUCGUUCACAAUCAGCGGCAGCUUCAAGCGCUUCUCGGCCUCUGGGGACGCGUGA